UAGUUGUGGGCCAGGAGCUGUUAGUGGUGUGAGUGAUUAUUAACCCCUGCUGUCUAACCAGAAAAGCAGCGGCAAGGGCGAAGUGCGGACACGGCUCGAUCAGCAAAACUCCUGCAACGCUCUUUCAUGUUCGACUUUGAGGCCACCCAUAAGCUCUGGUCCAAUUGUUUACUUCCACACAAUUGAACCAGAUUUCUUCUUUUGAGUGACAUGGAUGCUUUCGAGGGAAUUCACAGUGUUCGGAUUUCCCCCUCUCCGCCGCCCCCGACCUCGUCCGGUCGAGCCUAUGAAGUCCUGAAGGCGGGGAGGUCGGGAAUAGCAGUGUAUUCCUCUGCUGUGUUCUUUGGGACGCCAUCCGAGGCUGAGGAGAAGGGCUGUGUGGUAGGAAGGUUGGUAGAUCUGGAUCCCGAGCCAGAUCCCAGAUUGGAGGGAAGAGGCCAGGUUGGGCCCACACUGGAUAUAGACCAUGAAGUCCAGUCCCGCGUGCGCAGCACCUCCUUGGAAAUGCGAGAGAAAGAAAUUCGCGAAAAAGGCUCGGAGAUCCUCAGCGAACAGUUAGAUGCUGCAAAGAAGGAACUCAAACUAAAAGAUAAAGAAUGUGAGCGUCUGUCACAGGUCAGGAUUCAGUUGGAGCAAGAACUAGAGGAGCUCACCGCCAGUUUAUUUGAGGAAGCUCACAAGAUGGUACGCGAGGCAAACGUCAAACAAGCAGGAGCAGAGAAACAACUGAAGGAGGCUCAGGGAAAGAUUGACGUCCUUCAAGCUGAAGUGACGGUGCUCAAGUCUCUGGUGUUGACCUCCACUCCAUCCGCGCCCAACCGCCAACUGCAUCCUCAGCUGCAGCUCCCCAUCGGCGGAAACAAUCGCAACAAGAGUAUGAGCGGCGGAUUCCCGUCCCCACCUGGCAAACCGGACCCUCCGUCACUUCCCGUUCAGCCCGUGGUCAAAGAGGACCGAGAGAUGGACUCGGUCCUAUACGCAGAGUUCCUCAUGUGGAAAGAGCAUCCGAGUCUAGAUCGCUCAUCUGCGCUCAUGAGUCGCAUCUACAGAGAAGACAUCGGGCCUUGUCUCUCUUUUACGCGAUCUGAGCUGUCCCAGCUGGUGCAGAGCGCCGUAGAAAACAACUCUCUGACUAUCGAACCCGUGGCCAUGUCAGCGUUACCGAUAGUUAAAGCCUCGGCCAUCGAAUGUGGAGGACCUAAUUACUUUAGGGCAGCAGUGGAGACAAAAUGUGCACUAAGCGGCGUGUCGAGACAGUGCAGACAUCGCAUUAAACUCGGCGAUAAGGGCAACUACUACUAUAUUUCCCCCUCCAGCCGAGCACGGAUCACGGCCGUGUGCAACUUUUUUACAUAUAUCCGCUACAUCCAGCAAGGCUUGGUCAGGCAUAAUGCCGAGCAGAUGUUCUGGGAGGUGAUGCGACUACGAAGGGAAAUGAGUGUGGCGAAGUUGGGUUUUUUUCUCACAGAGCAGAGUUAGAUGACCAGAUUGAUCAGCAUGAUAUGACACGUAUGGUUUACAAAGAGGUCAACCGAGAAAACAGUUAUACAAUAAAAGGCAAAGUACAAAAGUGCUUAUGAUCUUUCCGUGCUUAGUUUUUAAUCUUGUGCAUAAAGUCCCCCACUAUGUUAUUUGUCCAUACAAAUGCUUUUCAAGCUCUAAAAUCUAAAAUACACAAAUGACGUUUUGCACAUCCAAAAUUAACACAAUGUAUGAGCCAUUGACAGCAAUGCAUAAAUGUAGUCCAUAGCUAUGUUCUGUCAUUUUGCAUCGGUUAUUUUACCUCAUUAUGUAUUAUUAUAGUUUUUAUUUUGAAUAGUCAACUGUAUUUUGAAGGUGACAAUGAAGAAAUAUGUAGGUGCAAUAAUCGCUUGUAUGGCAUUGAACUGCCAACAUUAAAGUUUGACUAUGCCGUA